CAACCCAGGAUUUGGCUGGUGGACAUGUAUUUUUCCAGCAGCACGGACCCAGACUCUGGGAAAGUUGUGGUACCAGAAACAGUGAAACUCACGUCCGACGGAAUGAUCAACUUCAUGAUGUGGGACAUUGUUGAAUCGUUCUGUGAUUUCGAUGUGAAGUACUACCCGCUGGACACGCAGGCGUGCACCUUUUCCGUGUCUUUCUUCAACCCCAGCAUCGGCCUCACCGCUGCGGUCUCGUACCUAGAGCAGCACGACUACACCACGGAAAUGGUUCGCAUCAAUGGCGAGUGGGAGCUUCUGAACGUUACCUGGCGUAAAUUCGAGGCACCAUCUCUACUUAACAUAGAGUUGACGAUCUUCAUCAGGCGCGAGUCUCUGUACUACAUCCUCUGCGUCCUGAUGCCCAUGGUGAGCACGUCUCUGCUGACGCUGAUCGUGUUUUGGAUACCGCCCGAUUCCGGUGAAAGGGUUUCCUACCUGGUCUCCAUCUCAUCGUCCACCACGGUGUUUCUAGGGUUUAUC